UUUGGGAGUCUGACAACGGAGCGGUCUUGCUUUAAGGAAGAUCCAAAUCCUCCAUUGGAAUGCAGUCCUAAAUCUGAUUUAAAGACCCAUAAGGAAAAAGAUUAGGGACCUUGAAGUUGCCUAUCCAUAUUUAGCAGCACCUGGACAGCAGAGAAACAGCUAAGUAACAUUACAGCAAACUGAUAAUGAAAAGAAACAGUAUGGUGAAUCUUGAUAAACUUUUAGAGGACUUCUCACAUCUAGAAAUGAAAAUAUCCGAGCUACAUGGAAAAAAUGAUCUUCUUAAUCUUCAAUUGGAGAAAACAAACAGGUUACUGACAAUAAGCCAGUCAAAAGAAGAGGCAGCUAAAGAAGAAUGUGUUGCACUCUACAAAGUGAUUAAGGGUCUUCAACAAACUAUUGAAAGCCAGUGUAACUUGAGAGAUGAAAAUGAAAGAUUGAAGAACACAGCACAUAUUUUGGAAGAAAAAGUGAAGGUUCAUGAACAGGAAUAUAAGAAUAUGAUUGAUAGACUCAUGAGAAAAAUUGAACAAAAAGAAGAGGAACAUAAGCUUUCCCAGUCCAAGUUUCACUCUGACAUGAACAAAAAAUUUGAAGCAAGCAAGGAAGAAUUUAAGCAAGUGAUACAGAAGAGAGACAUAAAUAUUUUAGAACUAACUAAUCAACUAAGAGCCCAAGAAAAGGAGAAACAGAAUGAGAUAAUCAAAUUGCAGAUAGAGUUCAAUGCUAAGAUGAUAAAACUUCAAACCAAAACACCCAAACCAUAUUCCAAUCCUACAGCAAAUAUCUACAGAAGGAAGCUACAACACCUUGAAGAACAAAAGAAUAAGGAAAUUGAAUUUCUCCACAAUACCAUCAAAGAGUUGGAACAACAGCUUGGUAGAAGUCAAGAUUCACACCUCAAACAGCUCCAGCUGUGGGAAUUACAUCAAAAUACUACAAGCAACGUAAAGAAGAAAUGUAACAAAGCCACACUGGGUUGACAAAACUUUUUUCAUUUAUUAAAAACUCUCUUUUUUGGUUCUCCAUUCACAAGCUUUCCAGUUAUAUUCUGAACUACUUUCGUGCUUA